GCUGAGCGCGCAUGAUGUAGGUAUUUGUGAGCAAUGACAUACAUGGGAGGUGGUGAUCCGACAAAUGGUGACUAAUCCCGCUUUCUCCCGCCUUCCGCUUGGAAAUGGCCCGGCGCGUUCGCGGAAGUGCACGCGUCUUGCUUCCGCUUCCAGUCAACACCGCCGCCCAUCUCUUUCCAUCCCAACCAUCAUCACGGCGAAAUGUGAUUGGCAUGACGCUGCCAUCCGCAAUGAUCAGCAACACCCUCUGCUCAACGUCAGAUGUCCCAACACCCUCCUCCAGUCCCGCCCACCGCCAGACUUCCACUCCACCCUCCUCUCCGCCAGGCUUCCCGUGGGACAGACAGCAUGAAUCUCCCGACGCGUCGGACGCCAAGCCCGCCAUCCCCAGUGCCUUCUCACUCCUAGGCAAGCGGAAAGCCCUCGACGCGAUCAGCGACAAUGCGCGCCCCGCCAAGAAGUCCGCGACUGCCAAACCGGCGGAAGCGCGCGCAUCUCUGACUCAGAUGCACAUCAGCAUUGGCCAAGCUGUGCAGAAGCGGUGCAAGACAUGCGGCAUGGAGUACGUACCCUCGUCCGCCGAGGACAGGAAGCUGCACGACAAAUACCAUACUCAGCACACCCACGGCUUCGACGUCGGCAAGGACUUUGUCACCAAAGCUCCCGCCCAUCUCGUCUUUCCUGGAGCGCGGCAGGGAGAUGCGAUCUGCGUCGUGGAUUGCUACGCGCCGCAUGCGCGGAAGCGGAAGGGACAGGCUGUGCUGGAGUUGGUGCAAAGAGAGCUGGGAGCCGUGCAUAUUCCGGAAGAUGAGCUCUGGAACUCCAAAUCGCCUGUCAACACCAGCACCGGAAAGUACAGGAUGUACCUGUACAUCCGAGACUCGAAAUGCAUUGGUCUGCUGUUAGCACAAAAAGUUCAGCGCGCCCAUCGCGUGACGGAGCCAACUUUCACGCAACAGUGUGCCGGCGAUGCAGGCAACGCUCGAAUGACGGCGGCCGCAGCGCUCAAGGCGCGACAAGAGGCCCAGGCGAAACAGUUGGAACAACCCCUACAACUCUCCCGCGAAGACUUUUCGGCGAAAGUCGGAAUCUCUCGCAUCUGGACGUCGCCGACCUAUCGCCGUCAAGAUGUUGCCAUGACUUUACUACACACAGGCUUGGAGGAUAGUCGUCAAUGCGCGGAGCGGCAGGAGAUGUCUGCAGACGAAUUACGAGAGCUACGAGACCACGACGAGGAGCGGCUCAGCAAGGAUAGUGUGGCAUUCAGCCAGCCAACCGCCGCCGGCACCAGACUGGCGAGGAGAUGGUUUGGCCAGCCUUACGGAUGGAAGGUCUACAUCGAUUGACAUUCCCCAAACAUCGAGAUGUUCAGCUAUACGCCGAAUGAGAGAA